AUGGCGGUUCUCGCGCUGCGCCAAGAGUCUCUAAUGCGCGUCGUGGUCCUAGCAUGUGUCGCGUGUACGCUCGCCGUAGCCCUCGCAGGCAGCAACAGCCAGGAUCUUGCUGGUGCAGACGCUGUUGCGAACGUGCAGAUCACGCCUAAUGACCCGCCAAUUCGUCGAGUUCAGGUCGACUUCAAUCCCGCUCCGACCCUGUCGUCGUUGUCGUCAGCAUCGCAGGGCGACGCCUCUGGCGUGACUCUUACCGCACCCAAGACAACCUGCUCCUUCGCGCUGCGAGAGGGUGAAUCGCCAUAUGCCAUCUUCGCGCCGUCCAAGCCAACGUCCACCAGUGCGCGCGUGCAGGCCGUUCUUGACGUCGUGCUGCCGGCUGCCGUCAAGGCCGUCAAUUGGACCGCUAGGCAGUCAGGGAAUUACGCGACGUGGUUCCGCCCGUCGCACUGGUUCCUCCCGAGCGACGUGGAAUCGAUGCUCCGGGUCGCGUCGUGGUGCACGGGACUGAACGACUUCGGCGACACGGGGUUCCUCAAGGGUCUCGCGCUCUGCGUGCACGUUACGGAGAAGUACGCGAGUCUCACGCCGUUUGGCCGGAUCGCCAUCUGGCUCGACGUGCAGCGCAUGCUGCAAGGCUGCCCGCGCCUCAUCGACUGCCGGAACUGGUUUCCGGAAAUCGAGGAGCAGCAGGUCCGCGCGCCGAUGGUCAUCCUGGGAAUGCCGCGCACCGGCACGACGCUGCUGUACAACCUCCUGUCGCUGGACUACGAGCGGUUCCGCUCGCCGCGCGCGUGGGAGUGCCGCUACGUGUACCCGCCGCCGUAG